CUAAAACUUUAUCACUUUUUUUCUUUUUCUACAAGAGAAAGUAUUCCCACUCUAAUAUUGUUUACAUCUUCUAUAAGCUUAUGCAAUUAUGCCUUCUCGAGAAGCUAAGAGCCAUCUCAAGCGAAAAUUAGAAAGAAAGAAAAGAGAAAUUGCUGAAGGAAUUUGUAAGGACUGUGGAGAAGUUGGUCAUAUCAACAAAAAAAGUUACAAAUGCCAGCUUUACGAUGCAUCCAAAAAAAGAAAAGCAGGAGCGAAGGAUGAUUACGAGACUAAGGCUGCAAAGGCUAGAGGAAAAAAGAAGAAGUUGGAAGACAGCAAGAAACGAGCAGAACAAGACGUUGUUUGUUCCUCUUGCGGUAAAGCAGGCCAUAGUAGAUCAUCUUCACCACUAUGCUUGAACUACAAGCCCCCAAAGGAUGUCUUGCUCCGCCAGCUGUUCGAAGAUGGUCAUGAAGUCUACAGCAGGAAGCUGCUUCUAACCACACUGAUGAGACCAGCGUUUGCUCAAGUCGCUACAGAAAACAUCAUCAAAUUAGCAGAAUUUACCCGUCAAGUGGUGUAUAGUGCCCAACUAUUUGUGAACUACUACAUUACUGAUAACUACGAAACAACGACUGGUCACCCAUACCUUUAUGAGCAGAACUUCUGGUACAGCAUCUGCAAUCUUAUAUUAGGGAAGCGGGUCAGAAAUCGACAAUACAUGGACAUGUCGGUCACGCUUGCCUUUGAUGACUUUAAAAGCAAAUUUCUUACAAUCGUUUACAGUCUGAAGACACAUCCCAUGAAAGGAUACAGCGAUUCGCUGGCAGCGGCCUGCGUGACACUGGCCACUACUUAUUCAAACUUUAUAGUAGAGAAUUUUGAAAAUAGGCUCAAGCACUACGCUCGAACAUGUUUGAAGCAUCUGUUCCCUGAGCAUAAGAAAAGAGAAAUCGACAGAAUCGUCAACGAAUACUGCUUCAAAAAGAUAAUGAAGGGGGACUACGAAUGGCCAAACGGGGUGGCCGGUUUGGAGCGGUUAGAGGAGGCUAAUGCCAUAUGCAAAGCUGUUGAAGACGUACUGCCCGCGAUCCCGAACACAGAAAAUCUUACUGCCAACGCGUCUAUGUUCCUACCAGCGUUAGGCUUGAUGCUGCAGAAGGUGUUGUCUAUUUCCGAAGCUACUACAGACGAGCAAAAAAAGCCACGACUUUUCUCUUUGUUUCCAAUGCCCUCUUUGAAAUGGCGCCAUAUCCAUAUCAACCACAAAACGCUGUCUAUUAUAACGAGCCAAAAGUAUCCUGGAAACACCUACAGAGAACAGGUUGAGGUUUUUCACCGCAUUUUUAACUUAUAUACGUUUGGAUACAGUUCCGUCGAUGAUAUUGUUAACGAUCGUGAAAUAAAGCUAAACUGCACUGCCCAAAGCGAUGGACAUGGUAUCACACUACAGUUUGUCAGACGAAAGGCUACUUCCGGUAAUACAAAGGCACUACUACAACUAGACGACUUCAAUCUCGUGGAAGUGGGUGAGUAUUUUCACCCAAUUACUGUUGAUCCUGGGCGGAAUGAAAUUUUUACAGCUGCG